AUGGAUGGCUCAUACAAUAAUGAUCAUCGGGUUCAUAAUCAUUUAGACACACUUGAUAAUUCUAAUACAGUAAAUGCUAUUUAUGCCCAAAUAAAUCAAUUUAAUUCCCAUUUUACUGAUUAUCAGAUACGUAACAAUAAAAAAAUUGAAUCCAUUAAUCGAAAGGUAGAUUUCCAAUUCAAUGCUAUCAAUGAAAAAUUGAAAGGCAUAUCAAGACAAGUGAAUGACAUAGGCAGAACGAUUACGCUGUAUACCACAGAUGGCAUUCAAAGAAGCGAUGAAAAAGUAUUGGAAAUAUUCAACAAGCACAUCAAUAAAUUAAGUAAUGAUAUCCAAGAACUUAGCUCAUCUCUAUAUACGGGUAAUAAUAAUUCAAGGGGGCAAUUAUCGUCAGGCAAGAACAUCGUUUCGGUGGAUAAUGGUCACGUACAGAAUAGGGAUGGGGGCCAGAGAAACAAUAGUCACGAAACAUCCCCAGAGGUUAUGGCGGUAGAUAUGGAUAUAGAUAACAGAAAUAGAUCGUGGCCGAAAUCGUUGAGCCUUAGGUCACCUGCACCUCAACCUAAUUCUGCCCCGUCAUCGCCUAUUGCAAACAGAUAUUUUGAUUUUGGGUCUACACUAGAAAGGAAUUCGAUGAUCAGAAAUGAUAUUAAUUAUGCAAAUGAGAGUGGCAUUAAUACAAUUGAAAAUCACACGGAGGUUGGAUUGGAGAAUGUGCAGCGCAUGGAUACCGAUACAAAGGGAUGUAAAUACAAGAAAUCAAAAUCUAAUGUUCAAGAAAUUGGCCUCGGCAAUUCUCAACAAUAUAUAUAUUCAUCAGUGAGCUCACGUCCAAACGGUUUUCAAGGAACCAAAGAAUUUCUUUCGAAUGCAAAACGGCUUAGUCCUAAUAAUAAUAUGGAAAACCUCACGCCAGGUUUAAUGGACGGACAAAAUGCUAAGCUGUCUGAAUAUAAUGAUUUUGAUAACCUCAACGAAAUAAAUGUACCGAAUCGUGCUUCAAUAAUGUCGAAUCAGAGUCGAACCCUGGAGAUUGGUCCAGAAAUCGAGGUAGUCCCAAAUUCGUUCGGACAGGCGCCGAAAGCAACUUCGGAAAAAAGAGACGUCAUAACAUUGAGCCCAGUGAAAAAAAGACUGAGUCUGAAAACUAAAGGAGACUCAACUAAACAAGCAAAGAAUAAUAUUCCUGGUGUGAGCCUAUUGAAGGGUAGGAAACCUUCAACUACACCUCAGUAUAAAUUGGAGAAGAGUUUGCGGAAUGUUUUCGAAAUAUGGAAAGAAUAUGAAUAUGGAAUUAAUGGGAAGCCUCCAUUGAAACAACUAGAAGCACAAUAUAGCACUAAAUGGAGGAAUGAAACAGAACUGAGAACGUUCUUGAGGCGUAAGAAAAUUUAUGAUGCAAUUGAGAGGGGUAAAAAAGCCGGCUACACUGAAAGGCAAGUUAUAGACGAGUUGGAGCUUUUGAGAACUUACGAUAUGCAUGGGAAUAUGAAAAAGAAGCCAUUGCUGUGGCUAUAUUCUAAUAUACCUCGAAAAUUUAGCUAA